GGUAUUAUAAUUGUAUUAUACGAAAAACAUCCUAUUUAGCUACACAAGGAUGGAAAUCGACAGAUCUAAAGUCACCAGUCCAAAGGAUCUGCAGUACUGGAAGUCGUAUGACAAUUAUACCUUGGAUAACCCUCACGUAGGGGAUCCACGCUCACUUCAAAUGACCCAGAGAUUGUACUGCUUUAUCAGAUAUACCAUGUUCUGCAGGUGUUGCAGAGAGCUUGGUGAAGACGACCCUCGCUGCAAGUACCAGUACUACAGAGCUGAAGUCGCCUGUACACAGGAUUUCCUAGAUCUUGUUAACCAGCACAGAGAAGCAGGGACAUGUGGUAUGGACUUGUUGCCAGGUGAUAGGAUCGUUGGUACGCGUUAGCCAUGGCACUCAAGACCAAUCACUCGAAAUUCAAGUUUGCCAGGCUCGAGUCUUUUGAAUGGAACAUUGUCUCACAGGAAACUCAGGAUGAAAUCUGUGAAAUACUAGGGAAUAUUAUAGAAUCAAAAGACUCAAGCAAAGGGCUAAUUUUUGGAAUCAAUGAAACUAACAAAGCUAUAGAGAAUGGCGAUAGUAUCUCUGCAAUCAUACUCUUCAAGGGAAAUGUGCCCACAACAAUGAUACAACACUUUCCGAUAAUAUGUAAAAGAAGGGGGAUUUCAUACGUUAGCAUUCUUAAAAACGUAUGUUCCACCUUAAAAAUAAAAUCUCCAAGUUGUAUAGCCAU